AUAAAUUCCAGUGAGUGUGAAAAUGUGUCAAGAAAAAAGGAAAUGUCCGAAGACAUUGAAGCCAAUGCUAUGGAUUCUCUGGCAGAUAUGCCAUUUGCUACUGUAGAUAUUAAAGAUGAUUGUGAAAUCCCUGAUGUACCUCAAAUAAGUUUGGAGAGAAGUAAAGAAAAUGAACGGAUCGAUAAAGAUCAGAAAAAGAAGAGGAAAAAAAAGCAAAAAGAUUAUCAACCGAACUAUUUCCUAUCUAUUCCGAUUACCAGCAAAGAGAUUACAAGAGGAAUUAAGAUCCUACAAAAUGCAAUAAUAGAGCAAGACAAACAACUGGCCAAAGCCAUGAUCAGUGAUGGUUCUUUUCAUGUUACCUUGCUUGUGAUGCAGCUGUUAAAUGAAGAUGAAGUAUACAAUGGUAUUGAUGCUCUAUUGGGAUUAAAACCAUUCGUAGAAGAAAUCCUCCAAGGAAAACACCUGACUUUGCCUUUUCAAGGGGUUGACACUUUUGGGAAUCAGGUUGGAUUUGUGAAGCUGGCAGAUGGAGAUCACGUAAGCCCGCUCUUGCAGAUAGCAGAGGCUGCAAAGAGGACAUUUCAAGAGAAAGGGAUCUUGGCAGGGGAAAGCAGAGGUUUUAAGCCUCAUUUGACCUUCAUGAAAUUGUCCAAAGUUCCAUGGCUCCGGAAGAAGGGAGUGAAAAAAAUAGACCCCGAACUCUAUGAAAAAUUUAUCAGUCACAGAUUUGGAGAAGAAGUGGUACAUCGCAUAGAUCUUUGCUCCAUGCUGAAGAAGAAACAAAGUAAUGGUUAUUAUCACUGUGAGUCUUCAAUUGUGAUUGGUGAUAAGAAUGGAGGUGAGCCUGACGAUGCUGAACUGGUAAGGCUCAGUAAGAGGCUGGUGGAGAACGCGGUGCUCAAGGCUGUCCAGCAGUAUCUGGAAGAAACACAGAACAAAAACAAGCCAGGGGAUGGGAACUCUGUGAAAGCUGAAGAGGCUGAUAGGAAUGGCACUGACAGUGACAACAACAGGAAGUGAGACCCGAAUGCAGGCAGGGCCCCGCUGCUCCAGGAGAAGCAUCCCUGCCCCCAUCUCCUGAGUCAAUGGACUAAUCUGCAUUGUGCUGUUUAAGUGUCUCUUGUCCAGUCUGUGGAGAUUGCCUGAUACUUUCAUGAUCGAUGUGUUUGCAUAUCUGAAACACAACAGAAGAGAAAUGGAGAGCUGAGACUAGCAGAGGAAAUUGAUUUAUGAAAGAAGAGUGGCCCAAGUUUCACUUGCCGUCAGCCAUGGCCAAGGGAGAGGGGACUUGGGGUUAUACCUCGUGGACUCAAAGGCCGUGGAAGGGGCCAUAAAUGGAAUACUGCCAUUUAUAUUGCUUAGCAGGGCAUUUGGCUACUGUAUGUGAGGCCAAAACACACACAGCUAACAAGUGCUAAAUUUAAAAUAAUCACUGUUGAAAUUAUUGUCCAUAACAUUUCGUGUUUGUCCUACGUAUGCCGUCGAUAUGCAGUGAUCUUUCUUUACAGUAAAUUUGUUUCAUGUAAAUGAUAUAUUUUUGGCGAAAUGCAACCUUUUCUAUAAAAUGUCGGUAACGUUUUAAAGGUUUCUUUUUAACCCUCUUUUGACUCUCUUUUGAUAAGUCAGUGUGCCAUAUUUAACGUUUUUCCUUGGCAUUGGUAUGUAAAAUGUAUUAUAUAAUUUUUUUUUCCGUAGGCAAGAAACCUAUUGGAAUCCGGGACUUAAUUAAUGAAGCUUUGUGUCGAGAAAGGAUGGGUUUGAAGUCCAAAGUGAAACAGAUAAAGGAACUUUUACUAAAGCCUGAGACUCAGGCCAAAAUUAGGAGGGAGCUUUUUGAAGGAAGAUCCAUUAACAGCAGUAAUCAAGGAAAUGAUGUUGAUGUCAGUGCAACUUUGACAUGAGCUCUACAUUGCUGUCAUGGUACCAUCGUUUAUGAAAUCUUUUCAGCUUGUUAAAUAGCUCUUUGGUAAAAACCAAAGAAGUGAUAGUGUCUGCACAGCAGCAAACCAACAUCUGGUAAGGAAUUAACAAUUUCUUGCCAAAGAAGACUGAUUCUGCCCUGUUGUUUUUUAAGCUAAACUUGUGUUUUGGAAUGUUUGUUUCUGUAACGUCGAGAGUUAUUUUACAGAAAGGACUUCUUAAUUAGCUGUUGUGAGAUGUUCCUUGGGUCCUGCAGAUAAAAUAUACAGACUGUGAAAAAUCAUUUACAGACAAAAGAAAUACAGUAUUUUAAAGGUCACUUGCCUCUUGUUGACAUGAUUUUUUUUCUUAUUAUUAAAUCAAAAGAAGCAUUGUCCACACGUGUCUAUAUCUAGGUUUACUUUUAAUGGGAAUUUGAAUGUUUAUGGAACACUAGUACUUGAAUGAACAUUUAUAGAUGUAAUUAUUGCAAUCACUGGUUAAGAAUGUUUUAUAAUAUCCAUAUGUAUUAUUUUCUAAUGAUCAAAAUGUAGUUUGCUUUUUCAUUUCUUAAUGAAUAAAUGUUUAGAAUUUUUACUUUCUACUUUUCUGAAGAUAAGCCCCAGGUCUUACCGUAUCCCUUAUAAUCUGAAUUUGUUUGCACUGGUUCAUUUUUAAAGAAAAUUCUUGAAAAACUUCCCCCCAUAUGAUAAUCAUUGGUACAGCUUUUUCUAUAGUCAUUGUAAAAUUGCUGCUGCCAAGAGAUCACGAUGGAGGGGAAGUUAUUGGAGAUCAAAUAUGUAAUCAUUUCAAAUAUAAAAUCCAGCUUAUUCAUGGAUUGUAGCUAUUUUUUCACUGGGUAAAUUAUACGACAUUUAUUUAUAAGUGAGUUUAUGCAUUUUCAUGCCUCUUAAUAAACGUAUUGUUUUCC